GCAUAUUGCUUUACCCAAUCUUACCGCAACUUUGGCUUUAUUACUACCUCUCUGGCAAAGUCAAACAACAGCUUUUUGAAGACGUAUAGCCUUUUGUUACAGUCUGACCUUCCCAAGGUUAAAGUAGCAACUGCGCGCCAGACGAGAGACAAGGCACAGCUAUGCAAAGAGAAGAUAAUUGCAGCCUAUACUAUAAUCUGGCAAUUGUAUGGAAGACGAGAGUGGCUAGGCAAAUUGCCACUUACCGUUACAUGGUAG